ACGCAAUAUGGCGCCUCCUGACUGGUCGGUAACCCUCAUUGCAACUGCAUCAUUUUGCAGUGUGUUAUAUUUAUGUCUUCGUUUUAGGCGCACAGGACGUACCAUUUGGAAAAGCUUUUUUGGUAAAAUAAUGGCACGCACGGAGAAACCACUGUUUCGGAUCGCGUAAGUUGGUUGAAGCUUCAGGAUUUGAAUCAAAUUGUAUUUUUUCCAUUCUCGUUCCUCACUUCUUACAAAAUGAAGCGAUGCUACCGUUAGCUAGCCUAACUAGCUACAUCUGUCAUUAUUUUGCCUGCAAAUAAUGUAGCAAUGAAAAUAACACAGGCUACUACAUUUUAGGUAUACAUUGUACACAAGAACCAAACUUGGUUACCUGUACUACAAGAGGCAGAUGAGGAAGGCACGCGAGCAGUUCCCCACUGGACAUUCCAGAGCACAGCCCAUGGAAGUAAAUGGUAGUUGUGAUUCCAACAACAGGUUACUCAUGUUUAGUCGAUGAAUGUGAGCUAGCAUAAAGAUCAGUGCAUGACUUACACGUCUCCUUUCACUCUUCUAUCUACAGGUAUUAAAAUAAUGCCCAUUUCAGUACUGUCUGAUAACUACAGCUACCUUGUCAUUGACACGGCCUCGAGCGUUGCAGUGGUGGUAGACCCUGCAGACCCACAGACAGUUCAGGUGGGUGAUGGGAAAUGGUUAUGCCUUUUGUAAAUAUAAUUUCUGACCAUAUAAUACUCUCUCUUGAAAUAGAUGGGACACUAUGAAGACAAUGUCAUGUUAACUAACAAAGCAUCUGGUGAGCUUGGCAUUUUAUAGGCCUAUGCUACAUUGGAUAUUCAGUAAAUAAGUCACCAUUCCAAGAUUACAUUUGACUUUUUUUAUUUUAUUCAUUUAGCAGACGCUCUUAUCCAGAGCGACUUACAGUUAGAGUGCAUGCAUUUUUCAUGCCCCCCCCCCCCCCCCCCCCCCCCCCCCCCCCCCCGUGGGAAACGAACCCACAACCCUGGCGUUGCAAGCGCCAUGCUCUACCAAAUGAGCUCAGUCUGGAUUAGGCCACACUGGGGUUUAUGGUGUCCUAGAUAAAUCCACAGCAUGUUUUUGGAAGUGCAUGUUUCAUAUUUUCUCAACAACAACAAAAAAAUCCCAAAUUACUGCAAACAUUUGAUAUUAUCUCUAGUUGUUAUACAUAAUACAACACACUAUAGUUCCAGGACUUUUCAGUUCCAGUCUGUGUUUUACAUCCAUCUAGUGUUGCCUAUAUCUAGUGAAUUCAAGUGGUGGGUUUAGCCACUGGCAUGAUAUGAAUGUUUAUACCCUGUCGAUUAUAAUUGAUGUUUCUGUCUGGAACCAUUUAGUCAGUCCUUGAGGAAGAAGGGGUGACGUUAGAAGCAAUCCUCUGCACGCAUAAACACUGGUGAGAACAGAGCAUCAUUACUUUUAAUGCAAAUUCCUUGUAGAUCGAGUUAGAUUAACUGGGUUGUAUGUGUCAUACAUAUCAAUGGAUCUAUUCAAUCUUUUUUUGGUUGAUGCUACAUCAAAUGUUCUAUCUCACGUUGCAAUAUGAUAUUCAGUGUUGUUCUGUGUUGUUCAUCUACACACAUCUAUAAGUAGCUGUUUUUUUUAAUAGACAUAUUCUGUUUUAUCCCUAGGGACCACAGUGGGGGUAACAAAGGACUUAAAAAACUCUACAGCUCAUGUCGUGUUUAUGGGAAUGCAACUGAUAACAUUCCUGGCCUCACACAGUAAGUCUAGGGUACAGCUGCUUAAAAAGUCAUGAUCCUAUCUUUGACUGCUUUUCCGUUGUAUUUGGAAUUUCAGCCUUCAUCUUUCAUCAUUAUGUUGUAGUGAAAAUGUGUAGUUAUGGCAAAUAUUAUAUGGGAAAUUGCAUGUUAUUUGCCCAAUUCUGUGAUUCAGAAUCAUAGAGGAGGUUGGUAUGUAUCAUUGAUGAUAUUGAUCCAGAGGGCAAACAUGCAUUUCACUUGCUAAACAGAAUGUCAACAGUAGUUCCCAUGGCACUGUCUUUUAAUUUGUCUGCUAAGGAUUUGUGGAGAAUUAUCUCCUCAGUCUCAGAUUACAUAAAAUCAGAAGAGGUCAAAUGAUUCACUCUGAUCAUCACAGUUUCUCACUAUUAUUGGUUUGUAUUAGCAUGUUAAUCAGUGCAUAUUCAUUCAUAUAAUCAUCUAUAUGUCAGUGCUUGACUUGGGAUGGAAGAAAUGCAGGAGAUGUCUUUUUCCAAGUCAGUCCAUUAGACUAUGUUCACCGAAAUUCACAAAUUACAUUAUGCUAUAGAGAUCUCUGAUCUGUCUCUUAACGGUUUAUACACAUUUUCCAUGACUUCUCCAUGAUUUUAACCACAUUUUCACGACUAUUAUUAUAGCCUAAAUGUAAGCAUUAUUGACACUGGAAAGCUGCUGUGUCUGAUCCCAUUUAGACCUACCACCUCCUGCCAUUGUGCCCUUGAUCAAGGCACGUAGCCCUCCUGUAGCUCAGUUGGUAGAGCAUGGCACUUGCAAAGCCAGGGUUGUGGGUUCGAUUCCCACGGGGGGCCAGUAUGAAAAAAUGUAUACACUCACUAACUGUAAGUCGCUCUGGAUAAGAGCGUCUGCUAAAUGACUAAAAUGUAAUAUUGAACUGCACUGUUAGUCACAAGUUGUCAACCCUCCAUCUGGAGAGCUCCUGGGUGUGCAGGCUUUUUCAACAUUACAACCAAAUACUUUUGCCUUUAUAAAAUUAUUUCCUCAUUCAAUAAAUCAGGGAUCAAAUGGAUAAAGUAGGCUACUUCGAAGCAAGGUAUCUAACUAGACAUGUUUAUAUAUAAGGCUCAAAUAUUCAUGUUUCAGGGGAGAUCUAAGCACAGCAAGUUAAUUGUCAAUUAGGCAAUUCUUAAAAUAUUUUUUUUACGUUGUCGCAAUUACAUGGCUACUGUUUAAUAGAGGGUAAUCCAGUGCUGGUGGAAAGGCGACAACCAAAUGAAUGCUUAAUUAGCUAUAGUUAAAUUGUAGCAGUUAUCUCGCUAGUUAUGUUUUGAAUUGGUGAUCUAUUUACUCUGUCAUUAUUUUACACCUGCUGCUGAAAUGUCACGCUCUCUCUCCUUGGGCAACAGCCCACUCGCACUGGCACACAGGCAGCACCACAGACAUGCACUAAAAGGUCAUUCCGAUAAUGGCUGAUAUGUCGUUUUUUAAUUGAUUGAUCAUAUUUAAGCGUUUUUAUAGAGGAGCCAGUACGCAAUUCCCCAAAAAUUGGAAGUGCCGGUACAGUGUUCCGGACAGCUCCAGCCCAAGUCAAGCACUGUAUAUAAUAGAUUGGGGGUACAGCACUGUGGUAGACUAGCGUCCUGUCCAGGGGAUGUACUUGUACAUCAAGCUGACUCACGCUACAGAGACAGGCUCCUCCUCCGAUGAGCCGUUCUGGUUCACACAAACCAAGGCUUGUGCAAGGCUACUUAUUUGUACUUUGAAGCAUCUCACAGUUAUGAGUGGUGUGAAUAGGUAAGCAAUAGUACGUGACUUGAAUAUGCACAUCAACUGGCCAGGUGGUCACAUUAACUUAUCUGAUGACCACAUGCAUGAAGCCUUUGUCUUUUGCUUGGUUUCUAGCCCACUGACAGACAAAGACUCCGUAGACGUGGGCCGUAUGCACUUCAAGGCACUGUUCACACCUGGACACACAGUGGGUCAUAUGAUCUACCUCCUGGAUGGUCAUGCCAUAGGAGCCCCCUCCAGCCUGUUCUCAGGUGACCUGGUGUUUCUCUCUGGAUGCGGUAAGUCCAGCUCCGAAUCAACUCUGUAGUUAUUUUGAAGCAUUUAGUGAGCAAUGUGCAUGUAUUGAAAAGCAGGUUCAGUUGUCCGGCUUCUGUAGCUGUAAUGCACUAUGCUGCAGUUUGCUUUGAGUUUCAUCCGCUGUGUUGUGUAUAUAACUUGGUAAUUACAGUAGAUCAUCUAUUUUGUCUGCAGGGAGGAUGUUUGAAGGCAGUGCCUUAACAAUGCUGUCAUCACUAGACACGGUCUGCUCCUUAAGUGAUGAAACCCUCUUAUGGCCUGGUAGGAAAAUGACCUUCUCCCUUUUGUUUGCAUUAAGUGCAAAUAUAUGCAAUAGAAUUACAAACAAAAUAUUUCAGAACCAGUCUUCUGUAAGAGUUGUGUUGAUGUCUGUGUUCCGUGUGUGCGGACUCGUAUUUCCCAGGCCAUGAGUAUGCAGAGGAUAACCUGAUGUUUGCUGCUGAGGUGGAGCCCCACAAUGCUGCCAGGGAAAAUAAAUAUCAGUGGGUCCUACAACAGAGAGGUCAAAAGCUGUGUACGGUACGGAGAAUAAUCCAUCCUCAUUGUUAUUCCUAACUGGUAUCAAUUCCCAAAGGUAUUCACUAUCCCAGGCUGUGUGGAAGAGAGGCUUGUCAGCGGCCCACAGGACAGGCUUUGUCAAAAUGCCUUUGCACUCCCUCCUCUCUGAAUGCUCCCAUCAUGCACAGGUCUCUUUGGUGGUGCAACAGUCAGUGUAUCUACUGUAUCUGUUAAAUGGUGCAAAUCAUGUCCUCAUGACCUCAUGUCAAUUAAACUUAUAUGUAGGAGACUAAAAAUAACCACCAAUCAGUGAUCCCACACUCCUUGUGUCUUUGAAGUUAGUGGAGGCAGAUUCCAACGGUGGAAUGCAUGCCAGACUAGAGCUGUGGGUGGGAUUUUCAUUUGGUCAGGAGGAUAAGACCAGUCUUUGCUAUGGAUUUGACAGAUCCUAGCUACUGGGAUCAGGGUGUUGGUCUGAUGCCUCUGCCCACAGGGGAAGCUUUACUAACAAUGUGCAUUUGGUUACCGGACAAUAAAAUAAAGUUGAGAACAUGAGAGAAGUAGGCUACUGGUUUCAAUGGGUAUGGAAGUCUUUAUAGAAUAAUUGCCUCCAUGGAUAUGGUCUGAUUUUGGCUAGGCUACUAGGAAGCAAGGUCAAACAUGCCUCAUAAAAUGUAGUAAAAUGUUCAGGUUUCAAACAAUUAAGAAGCUAUAUGUUUUCAAAAUGCAUACUGGCUCCAGCUCAUUGAAAAGUGGUGUGACGCGCUUCAAUUACCAGUUGAGAAAUAAAACUAGUAGCUAUUUUUAAUUGUGGCCCAAAAACUAUUUUUAACAUUGCAUUUAGAAUGGUUGCGCAAUGAUUGGGGUAUAAAAGCGCUGUCUGACAGAUUUUCCGCUCAAAGGCUCUGUAUCUGUAUGCUGUACACGUGGGAUAAAUAAGAAACAUAACGAAUAUACACACGUGCCAAUUUAAUUCCACUAAAUUAUGCAAAUGUUCCUAUAGACCAAUAAGCAUGACCGGUCAAAUGUAUUUCCAUCAACUGGUAUUGCCAUCAAUUAAUGGGCUAAAAAGCAUUAUUUCGCAAUGAGAUUUUUUUGGCUGAUUUUUUUUUUUUUGUUGCCUGGAGCCAAUUUUAUCGGCUUUUCAAUUUUUUUAACGGCCAAAAGCCGGCUAACAAGUCACCGCCCAGGCAGAAACGUAUUGUGACUACCAGCUAGUGUAAAGCACGUUACGCAGUGAGUACCGCUUCCUCCUGAUCCAGCUCACACGGAGGCUCGAAACCAGGACCUCUGCCUUGCUAGCACACGUGACCACGCUCCUUGAAGCGUCUUACCAGUCGGCGCCAGGCGUAAAGCUAGCUCUCCGCUGGCGCAAUUGGUGACACUUCAGGCUGAGGAGUACGUUUUAAACAUUCCCAUGUGCUACAUGAGCAUAAGUCUCUGUCUUUACAUACAGUACAUGCAGGUAAUUUCUAUCAAACUAUUAAUUGAAGAAACCUUCCAGACCUCUACUUAGAAAAUCUAAGGCAAAAACUACCUAUAGUAUGUUGAAUUGAGAGAAUUACUAUUACUGUUUUGUUCUUCAUACAUUGUUUACAAAAUCAUGUGGUUUCAGAGUCCCUCCACCAUUGGGGAGGAGAAGGAGUACAACCCAUUCCUGCGCAUCCUCUCCUCUGAGCUGCACCAGGCGUUGGGCCUCCAGCAGGACCAGGAUGAGGACUGGACACUGUUCCGGGCUCGCAUCUUGGAGGAGCUGCGAAGGCGCAAGGAUAUUUACAAGGGCAGAUAGUGAUGAGAAUAAAUUAGAACAAAAUGCCUUUAGGUGAAUUAAGCCAAUGGGGAACUCCUAUAUUUAUGUAAUGUGAGGUUCAAAACAAAUACAGGCAGGUAGCAUUUCCACUAGCAUUCCUUUAAGAAUGCCAUGUUCCGUUCCAUUCCAUGUUGGUUGUUCUGACCUUCCAGCUCUAAUAUUGCAGGUGACAAAUAUGAAACCUAUUGCUUGAAAUAAGCACACAGAAACGUUUAGUUCAGGACACUAGUUGUAGCACCUCACUGUAAAGUUGAUCUUGUGUGUGUGACUCUAAAAGUUGACAUGGUCAACAAAUGUAUUACUUUACUGUAAAAGUGACUUCCCGUAAUGCAGCAGUCUUUUCAAACAAUUGUACAGCUUCUGGUACUCAAACUAGACUCAGUGUCUAAAAGACUUGUUUGCACAUUCUUGUUAUUUGUUGUUAGAUUGAAUUAAUAUUGAACUAUAAAGAUCAAGGGAUAGGUACGUUUGUUCAUAGUUAGCUGCUUUUAUAGGUUUGGUUUUUGUUUGACAUGCAGUGUAAUAGGAGUAAACAGAUUGAUAUUGGAAAGCGUGUAUUAUAUCUUUUACGGUUAAAACACAAGCUUCAGACAGGUACAUGCAUGUUAACUCAGUUUUACUGGACCAUAUUGAUACCACUUCAGUCAAUGGGCACAUGUUUUAUAUUUUAUUUUGGCUGAAUUGAUAAUAUAACUCCACAUUGUAUGCUGUGAUAAAAUUAUUAAGAAUUGUUGCCAUUUUAUGAUUUUUUUCAAAUGGCUAUAGAUUAAGUUAUUGUUAUGUGUAGAAAUGAAUGAAAUAAACCCUCUAGUUUAUAAUAAUUACAGUAUUCUUUAUAUUGGUGACUGCUGUCUUCUGAAAGGUUGAAUAUUUUUUAUAACUACUUUUCUUGAACGUGUUACUUAACAAUUGAGAUAUCCUUUAUAUUGCAUUGAAGGAGACAAUUACGAGCUAUCAUCAAUGAUACGUUUGAUAUUUGGUAGAAGAUUGAGUGCACUGAUUAUUUGAUUAAAAUGAAAGGGA